AUGGAAGACUAUAUAGUGGCCGAUACAAAAACAGUUGAAGGACACAAUCUUGGGUUAUACGCAAUAUUCGACGGUCACUCAGGCCGUGAUGUAGCGAAUUACUUGCAGAACCAUCUCUUUGAUAACAUCUUGAGUCAGCCUGAUUUUUGGAGAAACCCUAAGAAAGCAAUCAAGAGAGCGUAUAAAUCAACGGACGACUACAUUCUCCAAAACGUGGUUGGUCCACGAGGUGGUUCCACGGCUGUGACCGCUAUAGUCGUUGACGGGAAGAAACUUGUGGUUGCAAACGUUGGAGAUUCAAGAGCAAUCUUGUGUAGUACUAAAACUGAUCAUGUGAAACAAAUCACGGUUGAUCACGAACCCGACAAGGAGAAAGAUCUCGUCGAGAGCAAGGGCGGUUUCGUCUCCAAAAAAUCAGGUAAUGUUCCGAGAGUGGAUGGACAAUUAGCGAUGACGCGUGCGUUUGGAGAUGGGAGGCUUAAAGAGCAUAUUACUGUGAGACCGGACAUAGAGAUUGUCGAGAUCGACGAUGACACAAAGUUCUUGAUCUUGGCUAGCGACGGACUCUGGAAGGUGGUGUCGAAUGAAGAGGCUUGGGAUCGAAUCGAAGAGAUUGGUAACGCAGAGGAAGCUGCGAAAGCGCUAAUCAACGAAGCUUUAGCUAGAGGAAGUAAAGAUGAUAUCUCUUGUGUUGUUGUCUCCUUCAAUUAA